AUGAAGCGGGAUGUUGACUCUCAAUCGACGCACUACUGGCUCAAAAGGCCGAAAAAGUCUUCUCUAAAAGCAAGUCUGUACCCACAUAAAGUUCAUCACGAGGCUGCUCCUCAGACCUGUCCAGACUGUCCGCUCCUGAUUCUCAUUGGAGGAGCUGAACCCACGGAACACGUCAAGUUAAGAUACGAUCUUCUCCAAAGUACCUGGAAUGUUCAGCAGCAGAAGAUUGAAAAAAUUCUUCAGAAUGCCAACAUUGAACUUUUCGAUAACCUUGUGAAGUUUAUCUCCACCAGUCAAAGAUUGGACUCUACAAUCACCCGAGGCAAGUUGCCCGUAGGUUUCCUUCAAUUAGGUUCCAACGUUGCCAACAAUUUGAGAAUCUUUAAAGAAUUCGGGCAAUACUUACGCGAAUCUCAAGAAGAGAGUGAUUUAGAUUACAGGAUAGUCAACUUGAGCUCCAGAACGUGUGCAAACAUCAAGGCAACAAUAAGAGAAAUUGUCAAGCAAGUGACCGAGGACAAUGUGAAAGAAGGAGAGGAUGAAGAAGAUGAGGAAGAGGACGAAGAAGAAGAAGAAGAAGAUGAUGAUGAUGAAGACGACCAAGAGAAAGCAGAAGAAGAUGACGAAAAUGGAACCAAGGCUGAGAAGACUACAAAGAAGUAUCACGGAAAGAUUAGCUACGAUUUCGACAUUAUUCAUGAAUGGUGCGAGGAGUACUUUGCUGGAGAAGGUAAGAAUGCAUCUACAACAAACCUUAGGAUCGUUAUAGUCAUUCAAGACUCAGACGCCCUUCCAAAUCAGUUGCUUAACCAGGUGUUGAAAUUGAUCCAUUCUUACUCCAAAUUGAUCCCUAUGAAGCUAAUCGUUGGAUUAUCUUCAAUUAAUAGUAACAUCAGUACGUGGUUGAAUAACAACUUAAGCAACGAGCUCCGUAUUGGGAUAAAGGGAAGUUUAUUCAGAACCGUGGACAAUAAGAUGUUGGGCCAUAGCAUAUGUAAUGAUUUGUUUUUGAGAUACAGCAGUGAAGAGGAAGACACACAUGAAAUAUCCUUGGACUCGUUAAUGCUUUCACCUGAUUUGAUCUCCACUAUCUUGAAUCGAUUCCAAAACUCAAAUAAUUCCAUAGACAGUUUGGUCUCGUCGUUCAAAUUGUCGUAUAUGGUGUAUUUCUACCAACUGCCAUUGGUUCUGUUAUUAAGUCCUAAAUUCAAUGGGAAGUUUCUUCAUUUAUACACAGAUUUGUUGAGAAAGUUACCUAGUUUCAAAAGAUGCAUCGAAAUCAAGCUCGACCAAUCUGAGGGAGAUGAGGAUAAGGAAAAGACACACCAAGAAAUUGUUGAUUUACUUACCCAAGAUGGUCCUCUCAUGGACGUCUUCCAUGAGUCAGUCAAGAAAAGCAAGCUAGAGAAAUUGAUGCUUAUAAAUACAAUGAAUGUUCUCUACCAUCUUCAAGAUAGAAAAAAAUUCAAAAACUUUAAGGAGAAAAUCGAUAUCUACCAGUUGAUAGCGACAAGACAGAUUUUCUCCUCAUUUUAUUUGACUAACCUAUUUAAUAGCAUAAGCAUGAUAACCACCGAGCAGAUUCGCUUCUUGACGGAGGAGCUUCCAACAAAGAUCGGCAACAUAGUUGAUACCAAUUUUGAGCAGUAUCAAAAUGAUAUAAGGAAGUUGGAAAAUGGUAGUGACCGCAGGGAGAAGUUUCUUAAAUAUACCAAGAGGUAUCUCAAAAUAUACCUCGCUCAUAAGCAACUACCACUUUACGAGGUAUUCACCAUUUUAGGAGGAAGCGUCCAGCCAGCUAAGAUGGAAGUACUCGAAGAAAAGUCGAAGAAUUUAAUAAUAGAUCUACUUAGACCAGAGUUGAGGGCCAUCUUGGAAAUGGGAUUAGAGGACUCGAGAUCGUAUCUUUCCAAUGAUCUUAUACAAGAGGAAUUGGGGUCUCCAAUAUCUUUGAGAGACCCUCAGCCCAUCAUCACAAAGCUCUUUCAAGUGUAUAAGGAUGCGCCUGUGAAUAUAAACAUUUACGAUUUCUACUGUGCUUUCAGGCAAACCUUUGAGAAACAUCGUGACAUGACGUACUUGAUAGACUCGAUCACCAACGACAACAUAGGCCUGCUUAGUCCACUAGUUGCUGACCUUGAAGAGAUUAGAGAUGGGAAAGAUACAAAGGAUGAACAGUGGAAUAAAAUUCUGUUUGCGUGGUUCUUACAGGGAUGCUUUGAGUUGAUCCAGAUGGGAAUAGUCAAAGAGAAGCCCAAGGGAGAUUACCUUGAAAAAGUUAUUUGGAAGGGGGUAUAG